UCAAGAGAGACUGCUGUAUUGAGCGCUCACGAGAAGCCGCUGUAAAAACACAGUACAGUACCGGACGUAAACAAGGGACGUCAAGUAUAUCAGUCACUGCAAAUGCUAUUUCUAACACGAUUUUCUCUUGUAGGAGUUGUAGGAAUAUUUAUGUUGUUUUGUCUAGCGAGAAGCGUUCGUGCCCAGGUGUAUCGAAAUAUGUCGAGUUCUGCUGGAAUAUAUUCUGUAGCGUAUGUCACGGUGCCAGAUGACACAGUGGCGAAGAAAAUAGCGCGUGGUUUGGUCGAAAAUAAAUUAGCUGCCUGUGUUAACAUUAUUCCACAACUUCUUUCUAUAUACGAAUGGGAAGGAAAGAUACAAGAGGAUCCUGAACUUUUAUUAAUGAUAAAAACUAGAACGGAAAAAAUAGAUGCUCUAACAAAAUAUGUAAAAGAAAAUCAUCCAUAUACGGUUUGCGAAGUGAUUUCAUUACCCAUACAAAAUGGAAACAGCGAUUAUCUGAAGUGGAUCGGUGAAAUAAUACCGCCACUCGAUCAAAAUGCUCAAGAAAAACAAAGUGUAUGAAUGUAACUCAAUAAUUUUGAGAAAAGUUACUAAGCUUCUAUUUCUUCCUAAAGCUAUAAUCUAAAGUAUAAUGAUUAAAACAGUAUAAUAAAUAAAUACCCAAUAUAUGUGUGUACAGAGAAAUUUCACACCAAACACAUGGUCUUCACUUACAAUAUUUAUGAUUGUGCGUACGUCUGUAGAAAAUCAAUAUUAAAUAAUGAUCAGUCAAUCAAAAUUUCUAUGUUGUACACCAUCCCUUAUAAUAAAAUUGGUUCUGCGAGAAAGCUUCGUAUAAUAAAAUCGUCGAUAGUAAUAAUCAACUGCUUGCACAGAAAAAUGCUCACAGAGAUAGAAGCUUUUCUUCCUCUUGCGGAAUCGAAUUUAUAAAGGCUGACGCACAUUACAAACAUUUACGCAUAACAAUUUUAACAGUUGCAUUAAAAUACAUAAUAUAAAUAUAAAUUAAACUUAAUAUAAAUAUAUAUAUAUGUGUAAAAGUAAGGCACAUCUCAAUAUCCUCUGUCUUUCUUUUUCCGUGUCAAAGUUUCAACAAACAUAUAAGUACUUUUUCUAAUUUUCAUAAAACAUUUGAUUGUACUAACUCAGAUUGAUUUAUUAUUAUACACUGCGUACAACUGUUGCUGUCCAGCACUAAUGUUUGAAAGUUUGGACGGCAAAACUAUUUUUCCUCUUACAGUUUGCGAAACAGCUGCGUGCGCAGUGUUUAUUAUAUAUACUGAUGUGUAUUAUAUAUCCUGAUUAAAUUUAUGCGGCCAAAAGAGUAAAUAAUUUAAUUAUUACUUUUUCUAAAACAAAUUGUUAAAAAUAAAAUUCCAUUAAUUUUUA